AUGCCCCCGCUGGGGCGAGAUAGGGAAUCCGAAGGGGCGGCCGUGCAUGUGCCCGGUCGCAAGAUUACUCCAGGCAAAGCUCGGGCUUUGAGCUGUCCUGCUAAGUCAAUAGUUAGAGAUAGGUCAAAGAAUCGUGUGAGAGGGAGCGGUGAAACCUCUAAAUCCUCCCAAGGUCCUCCUAGACAGGAUGACACAACUAGGGAAACGGGCUUGGACUCUCAGCGGCUCUCCCAACAGGCGUAUAAAAAGCCCUGGUCAACUGUGGUCGGCCGGAAGGCUAAGAGGAAGGAGAAACACGCAUCCAUUCAACAAGGCAUUUCAUCACAACAAAAGAAGAGCCAGACUAAGACUGGACCAGGUCUGAAAAGAAAGCCACCAAAAUCAGCGGCUGUCCAGAUUACAGCGAUGGAGGGCGCCUCAUAUGCAGACACCCUGCGCUUGGCAAAGUCCAAGAUUAAUAUCGGAGAGAUGGGCAUAACCAACAUUAAACCUAGAAGAGCUAAGACGGGGGCACUGCUGCUGGAGAUAUCAGGCCAAGAUAAAGAGCUAAAAGCAGAUGAGUUGGCGAGUAAACUGGAGGAAGUCUUUCAGUCUCAGGAAGACAUUAAAAUAUCUAGGCCUGCUAAGCUCACAGAGAUCAGAUUGGUUGGUCUCGACGAUGCUGUGACAUCUAUAGACAUCCUCGCUGCCGUCGCCCUGCAAACGGCGUGCAACUCGGUGGACAUUAAGACAGGGCCUAUUAGACAAGUACGUAACAGAAUGGGCUCUACUGUUAUUAAAUGUCCGAUUGUAACAGCGAACAAACUGAUCGACAUGAAGAAGAUCUUGAUCGGAUGGUCUACCGUACGUAUAGUUCCCCUACCCGUCAGAAGGCAGCAAUGUCACAGGUGCUGGGAGUACGACCACGUGAAAGCCGAGUGUAAAAGCUCGAAAGAUAGGAUCGUGCUAUCGCUGCGGGGGAGAGGACCACUUAGUCCUGUUAUGCCCGAACGAGGUCAGAUGCGUUAUCUGCGAAGAACACGGGGCGCCUUUCAACCAUCGAAUGGGGGGCCCAUCGUGCGACCCGACGAAGAAGAGGCCAACGCGUAUACUGAAUAA